GGAGUGAAACAGCUGUCGUUCAUAGAAACUCACAAGUCUCUGCGACUUAAAUAAUCAGGCACCAUUACCGACCUCUAAAUUCUUAGUAAGAGCGAAUGCAACAGCUGUAUCAAAAAAUGAAGUUACCAAAAAAAAAAAGUAAGUAUUGAAGCCAACAUUUUUCUUGUUUCUCAUUCCAAAAUGUCCUCCAUUGACAGAAGUGUCGCGUUCCUGGGUUUGAGCGCCUGUCGUGUUCCCAGGAUGUGAAAGACGAGUAGCCCCGGAAGCAGCUUGCAGUACCCUCCCUGUUCCGUGUGUGUUAGACUUGUGUAUCUCAACCUCCCUCCGGACUUUGGACUGCGUUCCCCGAUCCUCGAUCCUCGCUUGGACACGGACCUCGUUGCUUCUCUCCAGCCCCCGACCGCUUGCUUGCCCACGGAUACCCUCUUUGCUCGCCCUUCUGGACUGACGAAGGAUCCAUCCAACACGCACUCACAACAACUCUUGCGUGAGUGAUGAUCUCUCCUUCGUUGGUUUCAACACGAAAAGAACUGGGAUGAAAGUUGUCUUCCUCAAUCAGCGCCCAUUAAUGAUGAUGAUGAACGUAGUCUGGAUACUUCUCCUUUUCAUUGAGGAGGGAUUUGCUCGGGCUCAAAAGACUGCAGAGCAAGGUGCGGUGUCCAAAGUGGUGAAAGCUUCGCCUUCACAGAGGCCGCCACGUUCCCGUCACUGUGGAAAUUGGAUACGGCACGCAGAUGGCGGCACUUUCAGCUCUCCCAACUACCCAAACACGUACCCUCCCAACAAGGAGUGUCUUUAUGUGCUGGAAGCCCUUCCCAGGCAGAGGAUCGAGCUGUUGUUCGACAAGGCCUUCUACAUCGAGGCGUCCUUUGAGUGUCGUUUCGACCACAUCGAGGUGCGUGACGGCCCCUUCAGCUUCUCGCCGCUCAUCAAUCGCUUCUGUGGUGCCCCCUCUCCGGGACUGGUCCUGUCCAGCGGCCGCUUCAUGUGGAUCCGCUUCUUCAGUGACGAGGAGCUGGAGGGCAUCGGCUUCCAAGUCCGCUACAGCUUCACGGCAGACCCAGAGUUCCAUCUGCAUGUGGGAGGACUCUUAAACCCAAUCCCAGAUUGUCAGUUUGAGUUGACGGGGGCUGACGGCAUGAUCCGGUCCAGUCAGGUUGAAGAAGAGUAUAAGGUGAAGCCAGACCAGGCUGUGGACUGCAUCUGGACCAUACGCACUCUCUCAAAAAACAAGAUUUACCUGCGGUUCUUAGAAUACCAGAUGGAGAACUCCAAUGAAUGCAAGAAGAACUUUGUGGCUGUUUAUGAUGGCAGCAAUGCCAUCGAGGAUCUGAAGGCCAAGUUUUGUAGCACCGUGGCCAAUGACAUCAUGCUGGACACGGGCGUGGGCGUGGUGAGGAUGUGGGCGGACGAGACCAGCCGCCUCAGCCGCUUUCGGAUGCUCUUCACGUCUUUCGCAGACCCUCCUUGCAUGGGCAGUGCCUUCUUCUGCCACAGCAACAUGUGCAUCAACAACUCUCUGGUGUGCAACGGAGUACAAAACUGUGUCUUUCCCUGGGACGAAAGCAACUGCAAAGAGAAGAAGCAAAAAGGUAUUUUCCACCACAUCACAAAGACUCAUGGCACUGUCAUCUGCGUGUCCACUGGAGUGGUGCUGCUGCUGCUCAUCAUCUCCAUCCUGGUGCAAAUCAAGCAGCCGCGCAAAAAGGUGUUGGUGCGUAAGAAUAACUUGUUCCACCGCAGAGACUUCCAGGAGGUGCUGGAACCUCCACAUUAUGAGCUCCUCACUCUCAGAGAAAAGAAACUGUCGGGGGACCUUGGAGAGCUCUCAGAGGAGCUCCAGUCUCUGCAGGCUCUCAGAAGGUCCUCGUCGGCCUCGCGCUGUAUUCGUGAACAUCACUGCGGCUCUCAGGCCUCGCUCAACUCCAUCAAAGGCGGUCAGGGUCGCGGAUCUUUGGAGCUCCAAAGAUCUUUGCCUCCUCUGCGGGACUCCAGCAGCAGUCUGCGGAAGAAGAGCUGGCCCAGCGUGAAGGCGGUCACCGCAAUGCGGGCUCAAUACAGCCUGGGAGAGCGAGUGGUGAGGCGGCAGGACAGAGUGAUGGAGGAGGAGGAGGACGCCGGCUACGACGUCUACGUGUGCAGAGUUGGGAACAAAAGAGGGAAGUACGAGAUGGCCCAGCAAAGAUCUUUAUCCAUGGAUUUUUAAAAAAAAAAAGAAGGAAAAUGCAGCAUUUGUGCCACAACUGGAACAUGUGACGUAAAUUGUAUUUAUAUAGCGCUUUAUCUAAGUUCCAUUUAAACUAGCGUGGGUGAAGUGUCUUACCCAAGGACACAACAGCAGUGACUAGAAUGGCAGAAACAGGGCUCUAACCCAGAACCCUCAAGUUGAUGGCAUGGCUGCUCUACCAAACGAGCCACACCACCCCAAAGUGACAAAGUGUUGGCUUUUUUUAACGCAAAAUGAAUCAAUUAGCUGGUGUUAAUUGUAAGUGACUAUUGUGUUAUUGGACUAAUUGUGAAGUAGUGUUAUCAAAUGUGUUUUUAAAUACACUUCACAAUCUUGGGAAAAUACUAAGUUUACUCUUUUAUCAGUGAUGUGUUGCAGAAUAAAUAUGUUUAUUUAUCUCUGGGAGUUAAGGGAAAAAAAUUGUAAUUUCAGUUAUAAGUCGAAAAUACUAUUCUGACAUUUGGUUAUUAGUUUAUUGUAUAUUUAUAAAACAGCUAACAUUUUACAGUUUUAUGUCGAGGAGCAUAAUAAUACUUUUGUUUUUCAAAAGGGGUUGGUGGAGUGGAGCCUGCUACAAUCGCAGUUAAUUUCCUUCCUUACCCGGGGCAACGUCGUGCUGUUUGUCCUUGGUUGGAAGUCCCCGACGUGGUCUGCGGCUGUGGCGGCGGGGUGUUUGGUUGACUGCCUUGAUAGCUGACGUGUGGGCUAGAGGCGUUGACUUCUUUCGCCGUUGAGAGGCUUUGUUCCCUGGCCAGGACUCGUGUGGGCGCAUUGCUGUGUGGGUUCUUAGAUGCAGUGUUCGCGUUGAGCACAGGGGCUGUGCAGUUUUUUGCGUGGGGUUGCUGGUGUGGUCCUGCUCCUGCUCCUCCUACUUAUAGCACACCCACACAAAUAUAAGACUUCAAGGGAUUGUCCUGUGGGGAGUCAUGGCGCGGGGAUUAGGAUGCCUCCAUGGGGCUCUAGUACUCCUGACUUGUCCCCAGGUCGUCCAUCUCUCAAUUUUAACUGCAGGUUAGACACUUAAGGUUUGUGGGGCUCGGAAUAGUAGGGAGCCACCAUGGCCUUGAUCUCCCCCAAUUUUAAUCGCAUUUUUAGUCUGUCUUCACGCUACAGUACACACAUCAAUAGUGACUGGAGGUCGGCGGAAAUGGCUGACCUCCUCAUUUUAACUACACGGUAGACACUCUGGGUGCCUCACACACAUUCUUGACAAACCUCCCGAAUUUCAGUGCCUCUCCCGAAAAUAUCCCGGGACAACCAUUCUCCCGAAUUUCUCCUGAUUUCCAGCCGGACCUGAGUGAGGAUAGCCUUAGUGGCUCCCUGGACAUCUUAGAGAGAUGUGUGAAAUUGAACAAUUUUUUUUGUUUUAAUAUAUUUUUAUGUAGGAGAACAAACAUGACACAAACCUUCCUAAUUGUUAGAAAUCCCACUGUUUAUGUUAUACAUUGAUGGGAGUAUUUGGCAAGCACCGUUUUGUCCUACUUAUUUCAGCGAUCCUUGAACUCAUCGUAGUUUGUUCACAAGUACAACUUUUUCCGAUGCUGCCACAGAAAGACGUGUUUUAUGCCACUCCUUCUUUGUCUCAUUUUGUC